AUGGAACAAAAUCCUGAGGAAGAGAAGCAGGUCCAAGAAAGGUCUUUCGAGGAAGAGGAGGAAGAAUUCACUGAUGAAGAGGACAACUCCACUCUUGAAAGAGAUGAAGUGGAGGAGGUGAAGCUCGAGUACCCCCAAAGGCUCUCACAAGAUGCCUCGAGCUUCGAAGUCUCUGAGGAUAAAGAAGUAAUACUUCCCGAUGGCAACAUUUAUAAAGGGCAAUGGAAGGAUAAAUAAGCCUCAUGGUGAGGGCAGACUUGAGCUAAAAACAGGAGGUUAUUACCAAGGAGAGUUCUAUGAGGGCAAGCCUCAUGGAAAAGGUCUCCGAAUUCACCCUGACGGAAGUGAAUACGAAGGGGAUUUCGUACAAGGCAAAGCCCAAGGAUAUGGAGUCUUCAAGCAUAAAACCGGGAUUUAUAAGGGAUAUUGGAAAAAUGACCAGAAGCAUGGUGAUGAUUGAGAUGAAGUAUGGCCCGAUGGGACUACUUAUAAUGGAAGUUAUGAGCGAGGAAUGAUGAAUGGCAAAGGUCUCCUGAUUUAUAGCGACACUUCCAUGUUUGAAGGCGAUUUUGUUAAUAACCAAAUGCAAGGCUAUGGGAUAUUCGUAUGGCCAGAAGGCAAAAGAUAUGAAGGAAGCUGGGUCAAAAGUCGGAUGCAAGGACAAGGAACUAUGAAAUGGUCCAACGGCAAUAAAUAUGUAGGCGAAUGGCAUAGAAGCAAAAGGAAGGGCUAUGGUAUCUUUUACUUCAAUAAUGGAGAUCGAUAUGAGGGCAACUUUGAAUUAGGAGAAAUGCACGGAGAAGGCACUUUCUAUAGAUCAAAAUAAGGUUAUCAAAGGUGUCUGGGAAAAAGGAAAACUUAAAAGAAAACACAAACAUGAUGAAGAAAAGGAAGAAGACAGUUCUCCAGAAGUAAGACAGCUUGACAUUUCAAACCAAGAUUUCGACGCAAGUCCAGUAAAUUACAGAAUCAAAAUAACCGAGCCCUCCUCACCACCUCCUGAUGAUUCCGCUGCUACAGCUUCAACAAACCAAAAAGCUAAAUAACCCAAUCUCCACUUUGUACCUAACUCAAUAAUAAUA